UGUACAUUGGCCCGCGGUAUAGCAGGUGACGGGAGGGGAGGUGGGUCAGGCGAUGGCGCGUCCUCUAACUUUUCCAGCGCCCGGAGCUCGUGCUCCACCGAAGCCACCCUCGCUACACCCCUGGACACAGAGCUGUCGUGAGUGUGAUGAGAGACGACAGCUCCGCACACCCCCUCCCUAUGCUACUCAUCUGUCAGUAACUCAUCAGUCCGCCACUCCGACCACAGACUUUUUGUCCCUCGCAGCAGUCCUUAUAGGACUAGUAUGGAAAAGACCAUUUUUCAACUAAAGGGGUCCUGAUAAUUACAGAGGACAGAUUUUGCAGUUAUUCAAAAUAGCACGUUGUGCAGUGUGCGCUAAAUCAGUAAUACAGUAUGUGCUUAAUAGUCUCACUGCCGCUACGCAUGCAUUAGUCCUCUGAACGAGCGACGCACGCUCCCUAUAGUGAUUGCGAAAUGGUCUGCUCCGGGAGGCCGGGGGCUCUCUGGCACGUCCCCUGUGAGAGGAGAGGACCAAUCAGAGGCGGCGGCCGUAGCUGGGAAAAUUCAAAUGUAUGGUUCCGGCGGCAGCCAGUAGCAGCAGACAGUCCGGUCGCAGUAGCUGAGAGUGGUAGCGGAGGAGACCUGUGUCUGUGUGAGAGCCAUGGCAGAGGGGGACGCAGUGAAAGUGUGCCUUCGCAUACGGCCCAUCAUACAGAGAGAACAAGGAGAUAAAGUUCCUCUGCAGUGGAAGGUAGAAAAUUCAACAGUAUCCCAGGUAGAUGGGACAAAGUCCUUUACUUUUGAUCGGGUCUUUGAUUCGCACGAAACAACGGCUCAAGUGUACCAGGAAGUAGCCGUUCCGAUUAUUCGCUCUGCUCUACAGGGCUACAAUGGCACCAUCUUUGCUUAUGGCCAGACGUCAUCUGGGAAAACCUACACGAUGAUGGGUACACCGGAUAACCUAGGAAUAAUACCUCGAGCCGUUCAAGAAGUAUUUCAUAUUAUCCAAGAGGCACCAGAUAGAGAGUUUUUGUUGAGAGUGUCGUACAUGGAAAUUUACAAUGAAACUGUCACAGACCUCCUAUGUGAUGAUGGGAAAAAGAAGCCAUUGGAAAUAAGAGAAGAUUUUAAUCGAAAUGUAUAUGUUGCAAGCUUGACAGAAGAACUUGUCAUGACUCCUGAGCAUGUUAUGAAAUGGAUCAAAAAGGGUGAAAAGAACAGACAUUACGGGGAGACCAAAAUGAAUGACCACAGCAGCCGUUCGCAUACCAUUUUUAGAAUGAUUGUAGAAAGCCGUGAGCAAAACGAGCCUGGGAAUUCAGAAAACUGCGAAGGAGCAGUUAUGGUAUCUCACCUGAAUCUUGUGGACUUGGCCGGUAGUGAAAGAGCUAGUCAAACGGGAGCGGAAGGCGUUCGAUUUAAAGAAGGAUGCAACAUCAACCGGAGCUUGUUCAUCUUGGGUCAAGUGAUAAAGAAACUAAGUGAUGGCCAAGCUGGCGGCUUUAUUAACUACAGAGACAGUAAACUUACGCGCAUUCUGCAAAAUUCUUUGGGUGGUAAUACAAAAACUGUCAUCAUCUGCACGAUUACAUCUGUUUCGUUUGACGAGACAUUAAGCACUCUACAGUUUGCAAGUACUGCAAAACAUGUAAGGAAUACUCCUCAUGUUAACGAAGUUUUGGAUGACCAGGCGUUGCUCAAGAGAUACAGGAAGGAAAUAAUGGAGUUGAAGAAACAGCUGGAAGACUUGGAGGAGUCAUCAGAGAUGAAAGCCCAUGCCAUGGCGAAAGAAGAGCGUUCUCAGCUGCUGGCCGAAAUAAAACAGCUGCAAAAAGAGAGGGAAGACCGCAUAUGGAAUCUGACUAAUAUUGUCGUUGCAUCAUCUCAAGUCUCCCAUGAAGAUAGAGUUCCUCGCAAAAGGAGGGUUACGUGGGCUCCGGGGAAAAUCCAGAAGAGCUUGUGUGUUGCAGGAGUCUCAUCAUUUGAAAUUGAAUCCAAAAUAAGCUCCGGCCUUGCCAAACGGCCAAAGAUUUCCACUUGCAGCAUAUUACAGGAGUUUGAUGAGUCCAAUCGAACAGAAAAUGAUUUUGAAGAUUCUACCCGUUUAUUCGAUGACACUGCACUAGAUAUAGAUUGCAAUUUUGGAAACAAAGUCACUCAAAGAGAUAAGGCAGCCUGGCGGUCAAUGAUAGAUUUUAAUUCUGAUGCUCCAAUUCAAAACAGUGCAGAAAUCCAGGAUUCCAGUAUACAAGAACUUAGAUCUAUGGAGCAGAAAGUUUCUGAUUUGGAAAACAAGCUGAAAACCAUGACUAAAGAAUAUGAAGAGGAAGUACGGAAAAGAGAACUCCUAGAAGGCGAGACGGCAGCUUUGAAACGGCAAGUUCAGUGUCAAGAUGAUAAUGUGGGUCUUGUAAAAAGACUGGAAUUGCAAUUAAUCCCCUUAAAAGAUGAGCUGCAAAACAGGCCUGAGAGAAAUGAACAAAGUCAUGAAACAGACUCUUUGGGGACGCCUGAAGAGCAGAAGCACUUGGAAAUUAAUGAUGAUCAAGUAGAGGACAUUGCUACAAAUGAUUCAGCUUACAGUACACAUGUGUACAAUGAUUGGGAUAAUGCUAUUGAAGAGCCACACUUAAACAACAGCCAUGAUAUCUGCAGAGAGCAAAUCCAAAUGCUUGAACAAAAAAUUGUUGACUUGGAAGGAAAUGCUCAACAAAAUGACUUUAUGGAAAGCCUUCAAAUAUGCGAAGAUUUAAUGAAGGAGAAAGAGACUGCUUUAGAGGAAUUGUCUCUGCUGCGGAUUAAUUUUGAUAGUGUUGUACUAGAAAAUGAGAGCCUGAAGAUGGACUUAGAUUCUCUAGAAAAAUAUAUUGCAGAGAAAAAGGAGACCAAUGAAUUUGAACUAUUGGAAAAAGAAACUCAAAAAGAGUAUGAGACCCAGCUAAUUCAUGAAAUUGCAAACUUAAAGGCAUUAGUUGAAAAUUCAGAGGUGUCCAAUCAAGAGCUACUGGCUGAGCUAGACAGCAAAUCCAAACUUUUGAAAGAUCAAGAAAAAGUAAUUGCUGACUUAAAGAAAGUUGCUGAAGACCUACAGAAGAAAAUGAGCUAUUUGGAACUCUCUGCAUCCCUGGGAGAAGGCGAUAAGCUCUGUGAAGAAGUGUUUCAGUUGAGGCAUUCUCUUAGCGAUGCUGAAACAGUGACUCGAGAUGCUCAGAGGGAAGCUGCCUUCCUAAGGAGUGAAAAUAUGGAGCUGAAAGAGCAAAUGGAGGAGCUCUCGGUUCGAUGUAAUCAAAGAGAAAAAGAUGCUUCUAUGUGUGAGAAGCAGCUGGAGAUGGAGAAGUCCAGUUACAGACGAAUGCAAGCAGACUUACAGAAAGAACUGCAGUGCUCCUUCAGUGAGAUUAACAAGCUCAGUGGCCUCCUGGCUGGUAGAGUCCCUAAAGAUCUUCUGUCACGUGUGGAAUUGGAAAAGGAAGUUGCAGAUUAUGCCAAACGACUUAAUAAUUCUUUGGAAGAUAAACAGAUCUUGGAAAAAGAAGUGGCUUGUCUGUCCAGUUAUAAGAGUUUGCCUGGCGAAGUUGAAAACCUUCAAGACCAGGUAAAGAGAUCUUCAGAGGAGCUUCUCUCUCUAACAAAUGAGAAAAAGCAAUCUGAUUGUAUAAUAAACAACCAAAAGGACAAGCUGCAAGAGCAAACUGAACACAUUGAGAAAUUGACAGAGGAGGUGACACUUGUGCAGGCAAAAUGUCAUCAAACUGAACAGAAGUAUACUGAACUGAAGCUGCUACAUGAUGCGCUACAAGAGCAGUGCUCGCUUACCGCAGAGGAAAUGAUGCUAAAGGACAGAGAGGCUGAAUCUUUAUUGAAAGAAAUGGAUGAGUUAAAGCACUUGCUGUCUGCUACACUGCAAGAAAAAGAGGAACUCGUUCUGGCAAAGCAGGAACUGGCAGUUAGCAUCAAGGAAGUAGAAGAAGCGCAAAAAUCCACCCUAUCUGAGAGAGACGACCUUCAAGAUCAACUAAGCAAUCUCUCUUCUCUAGUUGCUACUCUUCAGCAACAAGCAGGUGAGCAAUGUGACUUAAACAAGAUGAAACUGGAAUUAGAAGAAAAGAAUUGUGCAUUGAUUACUGAAAAGGAGCAACUUCAUGAGCAGCUGGACAGAAUGAAGUCCUCGCAUGAUAUCUUGCAAAUCAAUAAUGCAGAAGCUUCAAGUAAACUUGAGAAUCUCCAGGAUGAGAUGAAGCGGAUUGUUCAGCACAGGGAUGAGCUGUAUGAUAAAGUAGAAGCCAUCAAAGCUGAAAAGGACAGUCUAAAACAAGAUCUGAGGGAGAACAUUGAACUGUCAAUUGAAACACAGGAUGAGUUGCGAAUUACACAGGAAGAGCUUAAACAGCAGAAACUACUUGUUGCUGAACUAAGAAAGCAGAUCGCAGACUGUGCUGGAGGCAUUUCAUUAGAAGCAGAAAUCCAAGAACAAACUGUACAAAGAGAGCGGUCCAUUCUGAUUCUACAACUGGAAGAAAAUAAAGCAAAAUUUGAAAUGAUUACAAAUGAGAAAAUGGAACUUGAGGGAAAUAACCAGAGUCUGAUUUCUGAAAAGGAAGUUCUCCAGCAACGCUUACAGUGUGCAGAGCUGGCUCUGGCAAAGGUAGAGGGAGAGAACAAUGAGCUGGAACAAAAACUUUGCUGCCUUGUAGAGAAGCUGACUUGUGUAUCUGGGGAACUAGAUGAAUUAAGGAACAACCUCCAGGAAGAAAAGGAUCUUAAAGAUGAAAUGGAUAGAAACGCUGAAGAGCUUUGUCAGGCAGGUGUAACACUACAAGAGCAGCUAAAAGGCAAAAUUAAGAAGUCUGACAAUCUGCAUGAAACAUUGAGAAAUGUAAAAUCUGAAAGAGACCAGCUGAGGCUUGAUUUACAGGAAAAUAUAGAAAUGUCCAUAGAUACACAGGAAGAACUGAGGAAGGCUCUAGAUGAGCUGAAAAAUAAGACUCAAUUAUUUGAUGAAAUGAGCUCACAACUACGUGGAAAAGACCUAGAACAAAAAUCAAUUGAAACACAGGAUGAGUUGCGAAUUACACAGGAAAAGCUUAAACAGCAGAAACUACUUGUUGCUGAACUAAGAAAGCAGAUCGCAGACUGUGCUGGAGGCAUUUCAUUAGAAGCAGAAAUCCAAGAACAAACUGUACAAAGAGAGCGGUCCAUUCUGAUUCUACAACUGGAAGAAAAUAAAGCAAAAUUUGAAAUGAUUACAAAUGAGAAAAUGGAACUUGAGGGAAAUAACCAGAGUCUGAUUUCUGAAAAGGAAGUUCUCCAGCAACGCUUACAGUGUGCAGAGCUGGCUCUGGCAAAGGUGGAGGGAGAGAACAAUGAGCUGGAACAAAAACUUUGCUGCCUUGUAGAGAAGCUGACUUGUGUGUCUGGGGAACUAGAUGAAUUAAGGAACAACCUCCAGGAAGAAAAGGAUCUUAAAGAUGAAAUGGAUAGAAACGCUGAAGAGCCUUGUCAGGCAGGUGUAACACUACAAGAGCAGCUAAAAGGCAAAAUUAAGAAGUCUAACAAUCUGCAUGAAACAUUGAGAAAUGUAAAAUCUGAAAGAGACCAGCUGAGGCUUGAUUUACAGGAAAAUAUAGAAAUGUCCAUAGAUACACAGGAAGAACUGAGGAAGGCUCUAGAUGAGCUGAAAAAUAAGACUCAAUUAUUGGAUGAAAUGAGCUCACAACUACGUGGAAAAGACCUAGAACAAAAAUCAAUUGAAACACAGGAUGAGUUGCGAAUUACACAGGAAGAGCUUAAACAGCAGAAACUACUUGUUGCUGAACUAAGAAAGCAGAUCGCAGACUGUGCUGGAGGCAUUUCAUUACAAGCAGAAAUCCAAGAACAAACUGUACAAAGAGAGCGGUCCAUUCUGAUUCUACAACUGGAAGAAAAUAAAGCAAAAUUUGAAAUGAUUACAAAUGAGAAAAUGGAACUUGAGGGAAAUAACCAGAGUCUGAUUUCUGAAAAGGAAGUUCUCCAGCAACGCUUACAGUGUGCAGAGCUGGCUCUGGCAAAGGUGGAGGGAGAGAACAAUGAGCUGGAACAAAAACUUUGCUGCCUUGUAGAGAAGCUGACUUGUGUAUCUGGGGAACUAGAUGAAUUAAGGAACAACCUCCAGGAAGAAAAGGAUCUUAAAGAUGAAAUGGAUAGAAACGCUGAAGAGCCUUGUCAGUCCAUAGAUACACAGGAAGAACUGAGGAAGGCUCUAGAUGAGUUGAAAAAUAAGACUCAAUUAUUGGAUGAAAUGAGCUCACAAGUACGUGGAAAAGACCUAGAACAAAAAGUACUUGCCUUGUAUGAAGAGUUGCAGCAGAAGACCACUGAACACCAGCAACUCCUUCAAAGGGCUGAAGAACUGGAGCAAAUAAAUAACUGUCUGAGGAGUGAAGGGGAGAGCCUAAAGGACAUGGUCAAAAUGCAGACUACUCUCGAGUCCUUACAAAAUGCAAAGCUUGAAGCCGAAAAACAGUUCCUUGAUCUCCAACAGAAACUGGAAGUCGUAGUUCAGGAGAAGAAUGAUUUGAACAGUGUACAGGAUAAGUUACUUGCAGAGCUUGGCGCUCUUAAAGAAGAUCUUACACAGAAUAAAGAACUGAUUGCAAGCUUACAAGAACAGCUACUGCAGAAGACAACUGAACAGCAGGAACUAAUUACAAAGAAAGAGGAGCUUGAACAAGUUCAGAGCAAUUUAAGAUGCGAGGUGGAAAGUCUGACAAAGAAUAUGAUAGAAGCUCGGUCUCCUGUGCAGUUAUUACAAAAUGAAAGACUUGAAAGCAAACAACUUGUUCUACAACAAAAUAUUGAAGUCCUAGCUCAGGAGAAUGAAGUACAAACCACAGAAGAAAAAGUAACAGCAGAAUUGAGUGAUAAAGAAAAUAAUGAAAUGAAGGAAACCACCGAGGACCAGCAAAGACCACUUCAGAAUGAAGAGCUUGCUCAAACCCAAACACUGGAAAGUGAGCUUGACCUACCCCUGAACAGUUUGGACAAGACAGAGCUUGUAACGCUGCGAAAUGAACAAAUGAAGACUGAAGAAGAGAUUGUUGGUCUUCAGCAACUCAUAGCAAGCGUUACCCAAGAAAGAGAAGAGUUACAGGCCAGGCUGCAGAGUGUACUGUCUGAGAGAGACCAGCUAAAGGAAGAUCUGAGAGAGAAUGUGGAAAUGUCUAUUGAAAUACAAGAAGACCUUAGGAUGGCUCAAGAUGAACUUCAACUGCAGAGGCAGAAGGUAGAACAGUUGGAAGGUGUGAUUUCUUCAUUGGACAAAAAGUGUUCUACACUAGAAAGCGAAUUGUGUGAUACCACUACCAUGUUUAAGGAAGCUACUAGUGAAAAAGAGAUUCUGAACCAGUCAAAGCAGAAAUUUGCGUCAGAGCUGGACCAGCUUUUAAAUGAUUUAAAAUGCAAAGAGAAUGCUUUAGAAGAAGCGGAGUGUGAGAAAUCGGAAGUCUUCAAGAAAAUGUGUGAACUGACUGCAGAAUUGAAAGCAGUGGCCGAUGAGAGGGACAAAAUGCUGUCUUCAAUGGAAAGCUUUCAAAAAGAGUCUAUCGAAGCACAUGGGGAGCUUAGACGGAAUAAAGAACAACUUCAGGAACAGGAGCAGAUAAUAGAGAAGCUGACCAAUGAGAUUUCUCUACUUGAAGAAAAGUCAUCUUCAUUGGAAAGAGAACUACAUGAAAAGAUUAACCUUCUGACGGAGGCUGUUGGUGUGCAAGAGGUUCUUGUUCAGUCCAAGCAGAAAAUGGCUGCAGAGAUCGAAAACCUUAUGGAGGUGGUACAGCACAAGGACUUGGAACUGGCACAAGUAGCAGUGGGAAAAGAGGAAGCUUCUCAGAAAAUACUUGCUCUCGCAACAGAACUGAGCAGUGUUUCACAGGAAAAGGAUGAACUACAACUUUCCACUGAAAACCUACAAACAGAGGCUGGGAAGCUGCGAGGGGAAAUACAGCAACUACAACAUACGCGUGAUCUGUUUGCUGAGCAACAAAGCCAGAAUACUAGCCAAUUAGACGACCUGGUCACUGAAAUCAAACAGUUACAACAGAAAAUGAACCUCAGCAAUGCUACUACUCAGCAACUGGAGAACGAUAAGGAGGCUUUGCAAAAGCAGGUGAAGCAGUAUGAGCUGGAAAUAGGAUCUCUUCUACAGGAACAGGAGCAGAGGAUAGAGAAGCUGACGAAUGAGUUUUCUCUGCUAGAAGAAAAGUCAUCUUCAUUAGAAAGAGAACUGCAAGAAAAGAUUACUCUUCUGACGGAGGCUGUUGGUGAGCGAGAGGUUCUUGUUCAGUCCAAGCAGAAUAUGGCUGUAGAGAUAGAACAGCUUAUGGAGGCUGUAAAGAGCAAGGACUCAGAGGUGAAACAAGUAGCAGUGGAAAAAGAGGAAGCAUCUCACAAAAUACUUGAACUCUCCAAAGAGCUGAGAAGCAUCUCACAAGAAAGGGAUGACCUACAGCUUUCUAAGGAUACCUUACAGGAAGAGGCUGACAAGCUGAGAGAGGAGAUACAGCAGCUUCAACAUAAUCUGCUUGCCGAACACCAAAACCAGAAAAAUAGUAAAUUGGAUGGUCUGGUAGCUGUCAUCAAACAACUGCAAGAGAAAAUGAAACUCAGCGAUGCUUCAGUUCUGCAACUGGAGACUGAUAAGGCGUCAUUACAAAAGCAAGUGCAUCAGUAUGAGCUGGACAUGGCGUCUGUGCGUCAGGAACAGGAGCAGUUCCAGCAAUUGCUGGAGAGAGUACGAAGCGAAAAGGAAAACAUUUAUGCGGAUCUGCAAGCUCAGGAGAAAGAUACUGCUCAAUUAAGAGAUACAUUGAACACUACCCAGACUCGGCUUCAAGCCAUAGUAAAAGAGCGAGAUGAGAGCAAUGAGCGUCUCCUUGAAAAAGUCGGUGAAGUAAAUGAACUGUUACAACAGAUCUCGUCACUGCAGCAAGAGCUACAGCAGCUACAGCAGGAAAUGAAGGAUGAAAAGAGAGAGAAUAGGGAUCUGAGUGAAAGGGUCGAUCUUAUGGAGAAAGAAAUUACAGCUCUGCGGUCAAUACAGAGUGAACCUGUGGAGGAGGAAGAUGAGCUUGCAGAACGUACUGAAAUUUUUAAAAACAAAAAUCAAGAAUUUACGCGCCUUAUGGAGAAUAUAUCCAGUGUUUGUUUGCAUCAUCAAAGUUUUCUAAACAACAUCUCUAGCGAGUUACAGAGUGAAAUAGAAGUACAAAAAGAGUCAAUGAGUGCUAUAAAGGAAUCCCUUUCCUCAGCCUUCUCCAGGGAGUUUGGAAACUUGCAGACCGAGAACUACAAACUAAAUGUUCAACUGCAAACACUGCUCAAUAAGUUUAAGGUUCUAUAUAACAAUACAGCAAUAAAAGAGGAACAUUACAGCUUGAUAAAUGACUAUGAGCAUGACCUGUGUGCGGUGCAGAAGAGGAAUGAUGAACUUACAGAGAGCCUAGAACAGCAUGGCACAAAACGGUCUGAGGCUGUAUCUGAGGACCUUAAAUUCUGUGAACUUGAGUUCUUAACUCGGCUUCUUUUCAAGAAAGUGGAUGUCCUGAAGCGUGUUGAAGAUGGCUUUUCUAAGGUACAAUUACAAGUAAAUAACACUGAAAAUGAUCUUCGAGAAGAGGCAAAUUGCAAGAAGCGGUUCCUGUUGUGGCUAGAUGAAUUAAGGGGAGUACAGUAUGAGGCAAAGACUCUAAUUGAAGGGGUCCAACAAGAAAAUAGUCGGGUCACUGGAGUAGUCCAACGUUUAGCAAAACACCUAAAGACUGUUGCUCAAUCUAGAAUGAAACCAGAUACCAUAGCAUAUUUAAAUAAACUUGGAACAGAAUUGCAAGAGAAAAAAGAGAAGAACAAGGAGUUGUUGCAAAGAAUGCAACAUCUUGCUCCAUCUGGGGAUUCAUCCAUCUUGCAGGAAGAAAAUGCACGAUUACAUGACCAUCUGAAAACUCUCCAAGUCGACCUGAAGAGAUUACAGUGUAAGAUCAAAGAUCUAGAAAAUGAACUGAGCUCAGCCAAAGCAGAUGCUAGACGAAAAGAGGAAAACUCAUCACGAUUGGAAGAAAAACUGCGGUCAAGCACUGCCGAAUCUGAGCUUUUGGAAAUACACCUUAAAAUGACUGAGAAAGAAAAACAUCUCCAGAAUGCAUUAAAGGAAAUACAGGUUCUCCAGGAAAAGGUGGCCAAAGGCUCAGCACCAUACAAAGAUGAAAUGGACAGCCUCCAUAGCCAACUGGUGAAGGUUGAAAUGAACAGAAUUAAGCUGUCAAAAGCUGCAGACCAACAAAUUGCAUCCUUAAAGGCUUGUCUAGAAGACAAAGAAGAGAGCUUACGGAAGUUGAAAGAACAACUAAGGAGAGCACAAAAAGAUGCAGAUUCUACAUUUUGUGGAGACGAGGAAGGCACCGGCUCAUCACAGUUCCCUCCGACCUGCGGUGGUGGUAGUGGCAUUGUGCAGAGCACCGCAAUGCUUAUACUGCAGUCAGAAAAUGCUGCAUUAAAAAGAGAAAUCUCACAGUACAAGAAAAAAUGCCAUCAACUUUCAAGAAACCUAACCUUUCAUGAAGAUGAGAUUAAGAAAAUAAAAGAGAAAACUGAAACUAACCCGUCAACACCUAUUUCAGUGCAUCCAUCACAAAGCAAUGCUGAGGAGUAUAGCCAGGCUACAGUUUCCCCUAUCAGGUCUGGCAUUCCUCCUCCUCGUAUCACUUCACCACGCAAGACUGAGAUGCACAGAAAGAAUGUACGGUCUCCAUGCAAGACUCUGGUGCACGAACCACGGACAGUGUCCCCAAACAAGACAGAGAGGCAUAGUGUUCCGAUCAUGUCUCCAGGAAAAACUGGGCCAUAUAGAAGACUUGCUGCGUCUCCAAACAAGACAGAUGUACCAUUGUUCAGCGCCUUAACUGAAUCUCCUCGGAAAAAUUUGCAUUUGCAGGAAGUCCAUUCCUCUAAAGAUAAAUUCUUUGACAUGAGAUCAAAAUCAAAGCCUUACUAUCCAACCAAGUUUUUUGAUAAUUCCAUGCUUGGCACUUUACCAGGUCAGAGUACAACAGCAUCUGUUAAUAAUCCAUGUUUUGAAGCAGAUGUAGACAUGUACGCGAAAGCUGCUUCUGAAACCGAUGAAAUUAACUGGUGGGAUAGAGCUGAAAAAAAAGAAGAUGCAAAUGAGUGUAAAACAUCUUGAACACUUUUACCCGACCAGUGGCAAUCAAGAAGAGUAAAUUGUUUCCUGAGAUAGCAAUCCCCAUCACCUGAGACUUUGCUGCUGCUUAAAGCUGAUGUGACUGUCAUGCUGCAUUUUACACACAAUGGUGUUGAAUUCGUCACUGUAUUUUACAUUUAACCUGUCACUUAAACAGGAAAACUUUAGUCUAUUUACAUAGCAUCUUUUUAAUCAACUUAACCAAUUUAAUUCAGAAUCUGUUUGACAGUAUGUUUGAUAUUUUUCCUUGUAUGUGAUGUAUAUAUGUAUGUGUAAGUUUUAUAUUAUAUAGUUAAU